GUGAGGGGAGGUGUCUUGAACUGCUCCGCCACUGAUAACAAAACAAUUUUCAUAUGGGUGUAUAAAAACCUACUGCCACCUUGAUAUAACAAUAUGAAACGUCAUGCUCCCAUUCUAUAAUGUAUUUGUUUGUAGAGUGAUAAAGCUAUUCAGGAAUACAGUUCACUAUAUGUCUACCUUACUAGUUAUUGAGCUUUGGACUCAACAACAGCUUGUUGCUGAAUUAUGGCGUUCAUGGAUAUAGUAAGAUAUGUAAUCUCUCUGAAUAUCGGAUGUUUUUUCGGUGGCAUUGUAUUGAUUCGAUUGCUAUGGCGCGUCAUAAAGAAUCCCAGUAAUGUGUUAUCUGUUAAAGAAAGAAAUAUUGCACCUAAAUGCCUUACUGACCCAAAUUUGGGAACUCAUCAUUAUGUUCAAUUAAAGAAUGUUAAACUUCACUAUGUGGCUAAUGGUGAGGAAGGUAAACCAUUAAUGUUAUUUGUUCAUGGUUUCCCUGAAUUCUGGUAUUCAUGGAGAUAUCAACUGAGAGAAUUCGCCCGAGAUUAUAGGGUUGUUGCUGUAGAUCAGAGGGGCUACAAUGAUUCUGAUAAACCACCCGGGGUCAGCAACUAUCAGGUGAAACAUAUGGUGGAAGAUCUGAAACAACUUAUUUCAGCCUUAGGAUAUAAAUCAUGUGUUCUUGUUGGACAUGAUUGGGGUGGAGCAAUUUCUUGGGUUUUUGCUGGUGACCAUCCAAAUCUGGUGGAAAAACUUAUAAUAAUGAACUGUCCACAUGGGGCAGCUUUUCCGAAAUACAUACAGAAAAAUAGAUCACAAUUCUGGAAGUCUUGGUAUAUGUAUUUCUUUCAACUACCAUGGUUACCAGAACUAUAUUGCCGCUCUAGUGAUUUUGAUUUUUUUCAAUUAGCUUUCACAAGUAAAGCUAUGGGUGUGCAGUCUGGUAUAAUAAAACCAGAAGAUAUCGAGGCAUACAAAUAUGCAUUUAGCAAACCAGAAACACUGACAUCAGCUAUUAACUACUAUAGAGCUGCUUUUCGUUAUGGAUCCCGAAGACGACCAAAGGUAGAAUCAAAAACUAAAAUUAUAUGGGGAUGUAAAGACGGAGCUUUGGAACGUGGCUUGGCUGAAGCAAGUAAAGAAUAUGUUAACGACGUUACUAUUACCUAUAUAGAAGAAGCAUCGCACUGGGUGCAAAUGGAUCAACCUCAGAAAGUUAAUCAAAUCAUGAGAGAUUUUCUAAAUCAGUCCAAACUUUGAACUUGUUAAUAAAAUGAUUUGCCAAUGAAGAACUUGUUUACGCAAUUAAGCGAAUUGGAAUAUUGCAUUAGCUUUUUUUCCAGCCAAAUAAUUAUGAAUGAAACAACGUCAAACAUCAACGAUGACCGUGACUUCAAAAGCUAGGUCUCGAUAAUUCUGAAGGAACAUAAUGAUCAUUCAAACAAAUGGUAACAGCGAUAUCUGACUCCAAGACUAUUUCGACUAAAUUUGGUGUUCAAAAUAGAAUAUUUUCGAUUGAUUGCAGCAAAUGUGAAAGCAAAUUUAAAGCAAAUGACAAUAUGUAUGUACGUCACAUAUUGAAACGCCACUUACAAAUUGAAUCAUGCUAUUAUUUAGUUAUAUUCAAACAUCCUGACUUCCGUUUGAUCACUUUACAUUUCCGGACGUUUGUCUGUU